AUGAAACAGAAUAAGACGGCUACAAAGCCGCCGAAAAAAUUGAUGAUGUGUAAGCCCGAAUUCUUCAAUCAGGAAACAAAGGGUGAGCUGGAAACGCUUCGUAACACCAUUAAGAACCGCGAGGCAUUGUGGAAGAACAUACGGCCAUGGCGUCAGGACGUCCUAAAGGAAUGGAAAGGCUCCAUCCACAGCAAGGCUGACCUCCGCAACGGCAUAAAGCAGUUCCAAGCUGCGCACAUCCAGCGCGACGAACUCGCCGCUAAAGAAGCACUCAGUGAUAUGAUAGGGUCGAGCGUCAACUGGGCUGGAGAUAUGCUCGCGAAGCAGCCCGUCGGGUGGUUCAUUGACGCCGUCGGGUAUCUGAUGCUGGCGAUCAUGCCCAGGCGCGAUCAGGAAGACACAACAGAGCGCCUCUGCAUCGCACAGAACUGCUGGUCACCGAGCAAUGCUGCUCGCACGUGGGCGCAGUCGAACAAAAUCACGCCCUGGGUGAUUGACUCUGUCGGCUCUAAAAGGUUCGGAAGUUUGAAGACGACCGUACCGAAACGACACGUCCCGAUUGCGGCCGGCAGCGACCUGGGCAACCGGACGACCCUCCUGGAAAAGCUGAAGGCUGAAGUCACCCAGCGGGAGCUGGCCUCCACCGUACCAAAGGACAUUAUAGACGCUUUCUGGAUCGCAUUCAACCAGACCGAGGCUGAUGCCAAGGUGACGGGCGAGCAUGAAUGGCUACCCAAUUUCAACUUCGAGCUACGAGGCUGGAGAAGCAAGGCGAACCAGGGCCAUUCCGGGACAGCACCAGCCUUAGCGGCGACAAAUUACAACGGACCGGCGCCUCAGCAGUACACGGAAGGCCAAACUCUGAACCAAGCUCUUCAGGGCCUGGACCUAUCAGGGGCUCCGGGGCCAGCGAGUCCACCUCCUGCGGGAGGACGGAGGUCCGCGCCGCCGUCUCUAGAUUUAGCAAAUCCCUCUCGUGCUAGUAGCCCCCUGCCGCAGUCUCCGGGCCUGACAGGUCAGCCAUCUGGGGCCGCAAAGAGUGCACGAAGGUCGGCCCCUGAUCAGCAGUGGCAAGCAACAUAUUACACCAUAGGCGAGGUGGGAAACCACCGGUACCGUACGGACCUGUGGGCACUCGUUGACGAUGGGAGGUCUGGAUUUGAUAUUUACGAUGUCACUGUACUCAAGAAGACUCUUCUUGGUCUCAAAGCACGACCUGAAUUUCAGAAGGAGUUGAAAGAAUCCCACGAGCCUAUAGGAAAGCUGAUCCGUCCAAUGAGGAGUGAGGAAAUCGCAGAAAGGGACGGGGAACACGGAAGGCCUUUCUGGAUUAUCCUCGGUCAAGACGUCUUCGAUAUCACAGGGCUUGAAGCAUUUCCAUUCGAGAGCACGGCCCAGCGCAUCAUGCUCAGGUCCAACCCAGGUGGGAACCCCAUGCAUGCCAUCGACGAGGACGACACCGUUACCCCUGAACAGGUGGUCGAUUAUCUGUGGCCGUACAGGUGCGCUACUCUGGCUGAGCCUAGACCGGCUGAAGGCCCUGGAGCUUCUUCAGGAUGUCUGUAUACAAGCAAGGAGGUUGCUUGGCACACUUAUCGAGAGACUGGGAUGUACACUAUAAUUAGAGACAAUGUCUAUGACAUGACAGAAUUUGUGGAUUGUCAUCCCGGCGGCACUACACUGAUAGAGCAAUGGGCGGGCAAAGAUGCGACAGAAGCUUUCAACCGCUACCAUUACGAUGCCGAACGGUGUCUGGCGGACUACGACUUCCUUCGGAUUGGACGAGUGAUAAAAGAAGCCCGUCUGCCAAUCGCCAUAAAUCAGAUAAUAGUACACGGAAUGGUGUAUGAUCUAACCCCUAUCGACUCGUGGAUGGUAUACGGCUGGAAGGAGAUUCAAGAGGCAACACAGUCGCUCCGUGGGACGGACGCGUCCGAGAAGGUGAUGGCCGACCUUGUGGUGGAUGUACCGGAUGUUCUGCUAGACCUGAUAUCCAGGAGGGAGCUCAUAGUCGCUAAAAUCCCACCUCCGUUACCGAAGGUCACGCCCGAAGAGCUGGCUUCAAAUGACGGGUCGAUCAUGGAUCUCCCGGGGGAAUUGGUCAAUUCCGAUCCGGCAAAACUGCCUCCACUGCGAAGGCCAGUUUGGGUCAGCCAUGGACGAAACGUCUACGACGUGACUGCAUUUUGCGAGUAUGGAGAAGACAGUCUGAGGGGUGCAAUUGAGAGUUAUAUGGGAAAGACGAUCCCGACAGGGCCAUUAUCCAAGCGGCUAGAGCAGGACUUCUCUCAUCGGAUCAUUGGAGUAUUGGUAAAAGUUUUCAGCCAAGACACGACUAGCCCGUUCAACAAGACAUUCGUCAUCAGAUUCUGGAUACACAACAGCCACUGGCUUGGUGAGAGGCAAAGGCUGAGCGCCAAGGCGAGCGACAAAGUGAAACCGGAGCCAUCGUGGCGGGCGAAAAAACCUGGGUACCAACACCAGAGGUCUCGGAGGCCCAGACCACUCCCCCACAAGCGUUGGUCGGCUGGACUGACCGCACCCAUACGCAUGGGACACCGGUCCUGGGCAAAGCCUGGGUUCUCCGUGGCGCCUCCGUACCAGCCGGACAAGUCCGACUGCGGGCCAAGCAUCGCGGCCGCUACCUGGCUCGGCUCGGCGCGGCGCCUGACGUCAGUAGGAUACAACUUUGUGGGUUUAUUUGGAGGCUCUGGUUUCUAA